ACAACUGAAGGAGCCAAAAGCCCCAGCCAAGUUGAAAAGAAGUAAUAAAUCAUCGUUCUUUCUUACGAAUGAGAGAGAGAGAGAGAGAGAGAGAGAGAGAAGUUUUUAUGGUGGAUUAUGAAUGUGAAUUAGGAAGAAUAGAAUAUGUAGAACUCCGUCGCACUUCGUGUUCAGCAUUUAUCGUUCUCUUCAGUCUCAUUCUUAACUUUCCCCUAAAGUUUCGCUUUUAAUGAGAGUACUUCAGCUUCAUGUCUCUGCAAAUUCAGUAUGAAAGCCUUUGUCUUCACUUUCAUUUAGUCUUUAACCUUUGUUUCCAUGCGCUUCUUCUCGACUGUGCUACAAGUUUCAAUUUUCUUUCUCUCUCUCUCUCUCUCUACUUUUCUGUUCUUAUUUUAUCCAUUUUCUGAAUUAAAUCUCUUCGUCUCAUAAGAGGCAGCAUUUAAUGAGAAUCGUCUUCAAAAUCGCCGGUCCUUCUCAGUUUCUGCUUUUUCAUACUUCGAUUUCCGUAGAUAAGAUCGAUGCAUUUAAAGCCCUGAGAUUCUACUGAUUCAUCAAUUAAUCGGGUUUCUGAAGAAGAAGAAGAUGGGAAGAGCUCCUUGCUGUGAUAAGCAAGGACUGAAGAAAGGACCUUGGACUCCCGAAGAAGACGAGAUCCUCGUUGAAUACAUCAAGACCAACGGACAUGGAAGCUGGAGAUCUCUUCCUAAGCUCGCAGGUCUACUUCGUUGUGGGAAGAGCUGUCGACUUCGAUGGACGAAUUAUCUGAGACCAGAUAUUAAGCGUGGUCCUUUCACGCUUGAAGAAGAGAAGACUAUCAUCCAGUUGCAUGGCAUGCUUGGAAACAGAUGGGCUGCCAUAGCUUCUCAAUUGCCAGGAAGAACGGACAAUGAGAUCAAGAACUUCUGGAAUACACACUUGAAGAAGCGUCUCGUCUGUAUGGGACUGGACCCACAGACCCACUGCAAGAGCUCUACUGGGUCCAUUGCCAAGUCAUCGGCUUCCCCAUCAACACGCCACAUGGCACAGUGGGAAAGUGCCAGGCUGGAAGCGGAGGCCCGUCUGUCCAAGGAAUCCUUCGUCCCAUCAUCAUCAUCAUUAUCAUCGUCCUCGUCGUCCAACCCCAAGAAUCAAGACUCUGACUACUUUCUCCGUAUCUGGAACUCCAAUAUUGGAGAGUCUUUUCGAAGGUCAAGCAAGCGAGAAGAGGCGAUGGUGGUGGCAAGUCAGAGCUCCCCCCUCUCUCAGACAUCUACGUCAAUAAAAUGUGGGUCAGGGGUGACAACAGAAGUGGCCGUGGCAGAUCCACCGGAGGAAGUGGAGUGCAAGAGUUGCAGCAGAUCAGCUGGUGGUGGGGAUGGCGUCGUGGUAGGAGGAGGCGGAGGAGGAGGGUCCUCGGAAGCGUCGAGCUCUAAUGAAGUGGAGGUAGCUGCUGAUGAAAUGGAAGAUUUGUCAGAGGAGACAUCUUUGCGACUGCUGCUGGAUUUCCCAGAUCCAGGGAGUGAUGAAAUGGGGUUCUUCCAGGGACAGAUGAUGAUGAGUAAUAUUUCCCUCUUCCCGACCUUGUUGAACGAAACCUCGUCUUAUUGAGAAAACUUUUGUUUUUGGUUUGCAGGGUGCGUGUUUCAGGGUUUUUGUUUUCUUUUAUUUAUUUUAGUUUUUCCAGGGAUGUUAGGAUGCAAAGACAUGUUCCUUUUUGUGUGGGUCUUUUUUGCCUCUUGGGUUGGGUUUUUUCUGGUUUCUCUGUUACUCUCUCGACCAGUCAGUCUCAUUGAGUUCAAAUGUUUUCAACUAUAUAUAUAUAUAUAUUACAUAGUAGUGUACGUUGAUGGUGUAUGUGAGAUAUUCAAUACAUGCAUUUGAUUUUGGCCAA